AUGGCUGCGAUCUUUGCGCGUCGCUCUCCAUUGCGUGCUGUUACUGUUGCCCAAAGUUUCCGUGCAGUUCCACGAGCAAACCAUAAAGCCCAGUUAUUGGGGCUGAGGUUUUACAGCAGUGGGAAGAAUGACAAGGGCUAUGAUGAUCAUACAACUAGUGAUAUGCCGUGGUUUCUUGGCUCUGCUGCAGUGACUGGACCAAUGGUCUACUACCUACUGCAAGCAAGCCCGGAGAAGAAGCCCCAUGAAGAUUCCCAUGGCCACGGCCACGAAGCCGAGCACGAAAAUUCGGAGGGAAAUGAAGCUUCAGCGGAGGUACAGGAUAAGACAGAGCCCGAGAAAGACGGUGGUGAGGAGAAUUCUGCAGAUAAGACUGAGAAGCCAAAGAAGGAGCAGAGCGAGGCCACCAAAUCUACCGAAAUGAAUGAUGAGAAGCCAGAGAAGAAGGGAAAGGAGCCUGAAGAGAAGCCACAGGAGAACAACCAGGAGGAACCCAAGAACAAGUCAAAGAACGAAUCCAAGAACGAAUCCAAGGACGAAUCCAAGGACGAAUCCAAGGACGAAUCCAAGGACGAAUCCAAGGACGAAUCCAAGAAUGAAUCCAAGAACGAAUCCAAGAACGAAUCCAAGAACGAAUCCAAGAACGAAUCCAAGAACGAAUCCAAGAACGAAUCCAAGAACGAAUCCAAGAACGAAUCCAAGAACGAACCCAAUGACAAAUCCAAUGAUAAAUCCAAGGACGAAUCCAAGGAGUCUGCUGAAGACUCAAAAAAUAAUAACUCUCACGCGGCCAAGUCCUCUGGUAGUCAAAAGUCGUCUUCAAAGCAAGAGGACUCCAACGCCGAAGCAAACAAGAAGCCCGAGAAAGACGAGGGGAAGAAAGAAAAGGAUGAGGAGGAGAAAGAUCAAUCCAAAGAGAACUAG